UUUUAGCUACAGACUAAACAAGAAAUAAUUUAUAAAUACACUUCUAUAACAAAAUUUGUGUUAGUUAAUGUUGGACCAGUAGUGAGGGAGGUAGCUUCCCUGGACGCUGUCUUACUCUGGGGGACAAUACUACCAAUAUUAACCCAACACGAUGUUAUUCUACUCAUUUUUCAAGUCCCUAAUUGGGAAGGAUGUCGUGGUUGAGCUGAAAAAUGAUUUGAGUAUUUGUGGUACACUUCACUCGGUUGAUCAGUACUUGAACAUCAAGCUUACAGAUAUAAAUGUCACUGAUACAGAGAAAUAUCCUCAUAUGUUAUCUGUAAAAAACUGCUUUAUUCGUGGUUCUGUGGUUCGGUAUGUGCAGUUGCCGGUAGAUGAAGUAGACACUCAGCUACUCCAGGAUGCAGCCAGAAGAGAGGCACAACAGCAGCGACAGUAGUUUACAGAUUAAGUGCAUUUCAUUUUAAUGCAGUUUAAAGGUGCAUCGGCACCUUGAUGCAGAUAAAUUAGGUUCUUUUCAAUUCUGUUAGAGAUUUAUUUUUUUUAUAUACAUGACCUGUAAAUUCUGAAAAUAUUGUGGUUUGUCUCCAGAAGGGAGAGUAAAAUUACUCCAAUAUUAAUUUAUUGGUUUUGUUUCAUCACACUCGGUGCAAAUUUUUUUUUUUAUGACUUUCUUGCAAAUUAAGUAAGUGUUGACACAGUAUACUGUACUGUGUCUUUCCAAUAACCACGUGAGUGAUUAACUUCAGAUUUUGUGUUAGUGACUUAAUUCAGUGAUUGUAUCCAUAUGAUAAUGUUGUGCGAUGUACCAAAACCUAGUCUAGUUUUUCAGUUCUGUUUUGUGGGAUUGUGGCCAUUGAUUUAUGUUAUAUUACUAUUCACCCUCUGAUUAGCAUUCAGCAUUUAUUUAAAUCAUAACUGAUGCUUAAAGAUGAGUGAGAGAUCAUUUAUUAUAGUGCAGUAAAAUAUGGUAUAGUAUUAUUAGUCAAGACAUGUUGUUUCAGUUGAAGGUAUGGUGUUAAGAUAUUUCUUAACCCAAAAUUAACUGUUUCAAGUGUUACAUAUAAUUUCUGUAAAUGCCAGUGAAUAAUAUUAGAUGUCAGUGAAUAACACUGAGUUAUAAUAAAAUAGUUAAUACUUUUGUAGCACAGUAUUUAAUAAUAAAUUUUUAUAGCCUCAGUAGGGUACACUUUUAUAAUGUACAGAUAAAAUUUCCAAUACAGAUUAAAAAAAUGAUAAA